AUGAUUCUUCGUGGAGAGCUCCAAGAAAAUAUCAACUUCGAUUUGUUUAAGCAUCACGUUCUGUACAACCACAAGUCCCUCUGCCCGAUGGAAAUUUACAUUGAUGAGAGCAGGGACUUUACCUAUAACAGCCUGGCGAUGGUAUCGAACUGCUUAACCCCGGUACCUACGUUGAAGAGGAUUUUGCAGAAUGCCAAGAUGCUCUACGGAACAAAUGCUUACAUGUACCAGUAUAACAGCUAUGGCGUAUCCCAUGACCACGUGCAUAACUCGCUGAUAGCGAUGGAUCAGGUUAUAAGCGGGUAUGAGGGCCUGUCCUGCGAAGUUUAG